AUGCACAUUAUAAGAGACUAUCUGCUCAUCAUUGUAUCUGCUGUCGCCCUCAAAUUGCUUCGUUCAACUGACUUUGAAGUUCAUCGUAACUGGAAGGCUCUUACUUAUUCGCUCCCCAUUUCCAAGUGGUAUUUGGAGUCCACUUCUCAAUGGACGCUAGAUUAUCCGCCUCUGUUUGCUUGGUUCGAACUGGUAUUAGCUCAGUUUGGGCGAUACGUCGAUCCAAAACUAUGUGUGAUCAGCAAAGAGCCCUACGCUUCUUCACAAACCGUUGCCUACCUUCGAAGUACUGUUAUCUUAUCAGAAAUGCUGCUUUUCUACGGAUUAUGGAGGUACGGUCAGUUGCAUCAGAUUUGGAGUAGACUUUUCCCGUUUGGUCGUGGACUGUGCCAUGCGUAUUGGGCACCAAAUGCUUGGGCGUUGUACAAUGCAGUUGAUAAACUGCUUAUUGUCCUGAACUCGCAAUACCAGUUUGCACCUGGAAUAUCGUCACAGAUAGCAUCCAUGACUGGUGGUCUGGUCGGGGAAAUCAAUCAUCCAACGCUGAUUCAUUGUGCGCACAAAAACCAUGGAACUGAAAGAGAUACCGUUCAUCACAAUUACAUCAACCUUCUGAUUGGGCUUACCGGAACUGCUUGGUCCUCAUUUCUGUUCGGUUGGCACGUACACGAGAAGGCAGUACUGAUAAUCUUGCUACCCCUAAAGUAUGUUUUAUUUCAACAUUCUAGCACGACAAUACGGACCUCGUAA